AUGCACUCUGCCGGUGCUGCCGAUAUCUUCAAUCGGAACUUCCGGGACACCGGAGAUUGCCGCAUGCUCACCGAGAUUCCUGUCAGAGAUUGGGAGAACUGUGAUGCAGUACCCUCGACGCUCAGCGCCUUGAUUGGCGUUGUGGUGCCGGGGCAACUUCGCAAGGUUGAGGCAGUCUUCGUGGUCUCCGACUUGAAGAUCUUAGGCAUCUCGUCAGUGAAGAGCGAAACGGAUGAGUGGCUGAUCACUUGUUGCGUGCGAUGCAAGCGGGCCAGCCCUUGUGCGCAACAUCCUGACGGAAGCACGGAAAAGCGCCUGGCCGUCAGAUUGACCUUGGCCGAUGGCAACAGUCAGUGCUCCGUGAUGCUGUUUCACGAGUUAGUGCUGAAGGCAGCAGUGCUGAUGGAAGUGACUUUGCCCGAACUGCUGGCUGAUUCCAAGGAGCUGCGCACGACUCUCAGAGACAUGUUCCGAAAUGCUCAGUGGAUAUGCCGUUUCACCUUCAAGGAACGAUCUCCAGCAAUCCUUGGAAUUGGACCGGCUGUCGUGCUGAUGACUCCACCGGACGGCCAGUUGAAUCUGCCUCUUUGCCGCUUGAACAAUGGUUGCCCAGUGGCGCCGUUGAAUAAGGUGACAGUGGAUGCGCAUCUCGGACUGGUCUCCGUGGGCAAGGUGGAUGCAAACUUUUUGCGUGCCUUGGUGUGUUUCAACAACGUGAAGUUGCCAAAUGAAGAGGCACUGCAGCAAGACAAUACAGCCACCUCGGCCAUGCGAGUGAAGCGAUCCUUUGAUUGCCUUUUGUCGAAAACGGGCACAUCUCCUUUUCAAGUGAAACUUCGCAUGGCUGGCCCGGCCUCGGUUGUCAACUGGAUGCUCCAGGACCGCAGCGGAGAAAUCCAUCAAGUGGUUUUUUGGCCCAGACAGAGCACAUCGGAGAGUGGAGUGUUCUCUGGCAUGUCCCCGUGGAUGCAGCCGCCAAGGACACCGUCACGACCUACUUUGACCGACUCGCCACGGCAGAGCUGA